GGUGUUGUUAUGCUACCACUGUCAUGAGCGUCAAGUCAGAUCAUGGUGCAUGCGGAUGGCCCCCCCGCCCACGCCAUAAUGAAAAUGCCACCCAGCCAGCCGUCCGUCCGUCCUCGGUUGAGGAGAUGCGAUGGCAGCCACACGCAGCCACAGCAACACAAGCAAGCAAAGGCACACACAUCACAUCACAUCACACACAUCCACACACACACAGCUCACAUCACUCACUCACAUACGUGUCUGUCUAGUCCAAGCGUAUAAGUGUAGUGUACUGUCUCGUCUGUCUCCACCCAUCCAUCACAUCUAUCUGUGAGGAAAAACGCACACAAAACCCACCGAACGUAGCCAGCCAGCCUUAGAAGAUUUCCGUACUUGAUCAGCGCUCGGGCUCAGGCAGGGAGGGAGGUGCAAUUAUAUCUGUCUGUCUGCCACUCCAUCCAAUUAGGUAGACACCCCCCACCCCAACCUGCCGAGCACACCCCAUUUGUUUGUGUCGCCAGCCACCCAUCUGAUCUGCCCUCCUGCCCUGUUCUGGCCUGCCCUGCCCUGCCUGUCUCUCUGCCUGUCCGUCCGUCCGUCGCUCCAAAAUAGACCAUGGUGUGGGGUGUGUGUGGUAUGGGGUGUGUGUGUGCCGCCCUCCACCUCCGCGUUACUCCACUGUAAAGUGACUAACUCCCCGGACAAAAACACUGUAAACCGCCGUAGACACACACUCACACCCCACCAGGUAGGUAGAUCUAUAGCAUCUCUGUGCUGUGUGCUCUCGUCCACACACAGAGGCUGUAAACGUCUGUUUGUAUGUGUGUGCUGUUAUGUCAGUCAGCACACGGCUAGGCUACCGAAUGAACACGACACACACACACACUCCGGCAGAAAAGGGGCCGGUCAAGCGUCAAGCGUCAAUCGUCAUUGUAGCGUGCAGCUACAGACAUAACGUACAUCACACAUAAGCAGGGCAGGAAGGGCAAAAAAGAGCAAGGGAGGAAAGGUACACACCCCAAGAGGGAGGGAGGGAGGAAGGGAGAGAGAGAGCGUUAGACAGACGGACAGACAGACAGACAGGAGAGGUCGGUUGUCAUCGCAUCACCUCACGACAUCCAUCCAUCCACACAUAAGCACCCACACAUCCACACAGCCGGUCCGGUCAGCCCCUCCUAAAUAGGCGCAAAGGAAGCAACAUCACGCACGGCACGCAGUGAUGCACAAUGUCUGCGCAUUGCUGAAAAAGAACACACACAGCACACCAUAACAGCGACACGAAGAGAGACCAACAUGAGCGCAAGGUAAGGACAACAUCCCAAAACGAAUAUGUACUGCUCUGCUCUGCUCGCAUCCCCCUCGCCUGCCCGCCCGCCCGCCCGCCCGCUUAACUAAAUGCCAGUCUACAAAAGGCCAUUAGACAGACAGGCGGAGAAACAGACAGACAGACAGACAGAUGAACCAAUCAAUCAACCAAUCCAUCCAUCCAUCCAGCCACACUCACACCACACCCACCCGCCCCAAUACCGAAUAAACACCAACCACUCUUCCGUCCAUCCAUCCAUCCAGUCCCCGCACCACAGGCAACCACAGAAUCGAGAAGACAGGCAGGCAGGCAGGGAGGGAGGGCCGCUCAAAACGCAUGCAUCACUUAGUCACUCACCCGGUUUGCACCACACACAUCACAUCACAUCACUCCACACACACGAAUGCGUCACACCACAUUCACUCGCCAUAUGCCGGCUAUCACCUCACCUCACAGCAUGAAUCAAUGAAUGAAUCACACGUACCGACCGUACCUACACUGGAAGAGGGAGGGAGGGAGAUAAACGUGACGACUAAAACUGCUUCCCAGCCCCGCCCCCCCCCUCCGCCCCGCCCCCUCGCACGGCUCGCUAUCCUAUCCCUGUGACAUAUAUAUGUUGUGUAUAUGUUGUGAAUAGGUUACACAAGAAACUGUACGUAGAAAAGCAUCAUGUCAUGCAGGCACCGAUCAUAUCAUGACUCGCUCUUGUGGGUCGGCAUGCCCCGCACAUUGACGGGGGGUGGGGGGGAGGGGGUGGGGGGUGCUUGACCAAACAAGAGGUAUCGGCGCGUGUCUGGAUCUCAUCUCAUCUCAUCGCCAGCCGGUGAUGACGAUCGAAGCGAGACUCACCAAACCUGAUCGGUGGACGGAUCAACAUCGAUGCAUUCUUUCAUAUGUGUGUGUGUGUGUGUGUGUUGUGGAGAAUGAGUCUGUGCGUACGGUACCUACCGAGGAAGCCCAGCAUGAUGACCUCAGACAUCUCCUUCACUCUUGCACGAUCGAUCACACCGCCCAUACGAGCCUGCCACACGCACAGAGAGGGAGAUGAACCCGAGUCGAGUUAAGGUGUGUCACUUGGUCCACUGGCUGGCUGACCUCCUUGGCCUUUUUCCUCCGUCUGGCCUCCCGCUCCUUGCGUUUCCUUUCGGCCUCUUCCUCCUUGCGCCGCUCCUCCGCCUCCUUGCGGCGCUUCUCAGCCGCCUCCUGCUCCUCCUCCUCCUUUUUCUUCCUCGCCGCCUCCUCUUCUUCCUUCUUCCUGCGGGCCGCCUCGGCUUCUCGCUCUUGCUGGGCCUGCUCCUCCUGCUGCUGACGCUGGCGCUCCUGCUCGGCAGUGGCCUCCGGGGUGGCCUGCUCGACCACGUCGCUCGCCACGUCCCCCGCCACGUCAGAGGCCACCUGGGAGGCCACCUCGGACACCUGCUCGCUGCCCGUGAUGUCCUGGGCUACCUGUCCCGCCACACCGCCGGCGACGUCGCCCGCGACGCCCGACACGGCCGAGGAGACGGGGUUGCCUGCUUGUGGCUGCUGCUGUUGUGGUUGCUGCUGCUGUGGUUGUGCAGUCUGCGAGACAACACCAGACGAUGCAGCCCCGUUAGCGCCCCUCCGCCUUUCUGGCCUGCGUUGCCUGUACGUCCCCGUGUAAGACCCGACUGCCUGUCCGAUGGAUGCCAGACCCCCGCCUACUGAGGGCACCUGGCCGCCGGUGAGCCCGCUCAGAAAACCAAACUGCAGACGACGACGAUCGCCAGACGAUGAAGGGCCGGGCAGACCGGUGCCCAGCUUCGGCAGAGGGGGGUCGCCGCGGUACCACGACAGUAGGAGGAAGCCGGAGGCAGCGGAGAAGGCGCAGAGGAUGACCAGCAUGCUGACCACGCGGGCGCCGGGGGGGCCCUUCUUGAGAACUCUGAAUGAGACCUUAAUUGCGGUGUGUGCGAGGAAUGCGAAGAUGAUGGAUGUGCCGAGAGGGAGGUAGAGCGCGGGGGUGUCCCAGGGGAGGUGGUCGACCGUCUCGCUGCUCCAGGAGCUCUCGACCGCUGUGAUAUUGGGACGCCGCUGAAAUGAUACACACACACACAGAGGGAGAGCCAUGGAACCGUGCGAUUGCGGUCGACCCAUCGACCCAUCCAGCCUUUCUCCAUCCAUCCUCCCUCCCUCCCUCCCUCCCCAUGAGCUUACUGGGCCGUCCUCCAGCUGCUGCCUGUUGCUGACGGUGGUGGUUCGGCUGGCGGCUGGCGUUCGAUCUGUCUUGAGCGCGUCAAUCAGCUGCAGCAGCGCCUCAUCGGAGUCCACCUGCUCGCCGUCCGAGUCCACCACACCGUCGCUCCCGACGGAGAAGCUCUCGUGACUCUCGUAGUCGUAGUACGAGUUGGACCCGCCAGACGACCCCCAAGAGCUGGGAAUCACCCCUUCGGUCGACGCACGGUCGCGGACGUUAUUGACGAUGCCGUCGAUGAUGCUGCCGCCUCUGCCUGGAGACGCCCCUCCUCCCCCGCCGCCCCCACCGGGGGAAGACCACUCACUCCACUCGGCCUGCUGUUGAGAGGGGGCGGCGCCCGACUGCCCCCCACCGCCCUGGGAAGAGCUCGACUGGCCGCCUUGCCCCAACACGCCUGAGGAGCUCCAGCCACCGGUUGAUUGCCAUUCACUCCACCCUCCUACGCAGACACCGACCCGACCGACAGAGAGACACACAUGAGUGGGUGUCGUGACGUCUGUGGGUCGAUGGAUGCGAUGCAUCCACGUGUGUUGUCUGGUCUGUCGAUUCGAUGGGCUGCCUGCCUCUGUCUGUCCUACCUCCUUCCCAGUCGCUCCAUUCGCCCCAUUGCAGGCCUCCGCCGCUCUGGCCGCCGCUCUCACGCGGCUGGCGUGUGCGGCCCGUCUGUGGACGGGGAGAAGGAGAAGGCGAUGGGGCCGCCGUUGUGUUCGUCUGCUGCUGCUGCUGCUGCUGUUUCGGAGCCUCCUGGGGCUGGGGAGAGGGCUUUGGCGUGGUUGUGGUUGGCUUCUCAGUUGGCUUCUCGGUCAGCUUCUCUGUAGGCUUCUCUGUGGGCUUCUCAGACGGCUUCUCGGACGGCUUUUCUUCCUCCUUGUUCUGGGGCUUUUCCUGUCCGGUGUCCUUGACGUCCUUUGGGGUCGGAGGCUGCAUGUCGGCGAGGCGGUCGAUUUCGUUCAGCAAGUCUAGCUUGAACGUCAACACAGACUUCUGGGCAGAACCUACAAACACACAAACACACACAGCGUAGAAAGAAGCACACAGGGAGAGAGAGAUGCAAUUCGAUGGAGCCAAGCCACCAUCCAUCCCAUCUGUCUGUCCCUCUUUCUGCAGCUAGCUUACUGAGGAUGUACAUGGACCCCCAGACGACACACGCGAUGCACGCCAGGAAGACCAGCCAGUUGGACCGCUUCCCGCACCCCACAAAGCACUGCCUUGCCGUCCGGUCGCACCAGCUGUCCUCGGGCAGCUCGUCAGGGUCCGCCUCGCCCACGUCCUUGCCCUUGCCCGUGUCGGCCGCACCACCGUCAUCCUCAGCAAUGAGGUCCAGGAGAGCAGGGUCGCCCACCUUGAGGCUCACCGACCUCUCAAGCGCCGCCCUGCCCGCCUCAUCAUUGGACUGGCAGGUGUCUGUGCGGAUGAGUUGCGUGAGGGAGUUGGCCUGGAAUGAGGACUCGUUGGUGUUGCUGGUGUGCUGCUGGUCGGUGGAGGUGAUGGUGGAGGAGCCGUCGGUGUCGUGAUGGUGGUGAUGGUGCUGGUGCUGAUGUUGUUGUCGCUUGGUGGGAGCGACGGAUGCCGAGAAGUGGAAUGAGUCGAGAGCGAUGCCCCAGCAGGCGGCAGCUAGGAGGGGGAAGACGAUGCACAGGCCCGUCUGGAAGAACAGCGGCUGUGGCCACCAGAUGCCCUUUAUCGACGGGACACCCAAACCUUGCGUGAAACACUGAAUGAACACAACACAACACAACACAACACAAAACGAAUGGACAGACAGGUGAAGCGACGACGACUGGUCGUCCGUCCAGGGUCGUCAGGUAAGGUACAUACCAUGAGCAUGAGGAACAUGGCGAGUGGCACCUGCGUGUCGACCAUCAUGCUCGCCACCAGCCGAUACACACCUUUCCGGUACAUGGCCGUCUGCUCCACAGCCCACUCACUGGCCGUCACGGGAAGCCGCACACCGCUGUGCUGACCACGGCUGCUCUCAGCAUACUGGCUGCGGCGAUCGCUCGAACCAGUGUGGGCGCGCCGCAGCGGAUUCCACGACCCAAUGGCGAUCGACGUGAGGCGGCCCGACAUCCAGUGGGACGGCGAGGACCGCCCCGAUGGGUGGCGCGACGGGCGCGACGAGCGAGCGCUCAUCUCGCGGUCGGCCGAUGACGAACGGGUGAACUCAGCAGCCGAUGCAUCCUGCUCCUGCUCCUGUGAGGUGGCCUGCUGGCCGGCCGGGGCGGAGACAUUCGAUGCAGCAUUGGAGGGCGCGGCUGAGAGGUUGGACCUGGACCGGUCACUCGACUCGAGGAUGCGCGGCAUCUGGGGCGGAGUUGAUGGGGAUUGGCGCCCCGCUGCUGCCGCUGCUGCUGCUGCUGCUGCUGGGACAAUGGCGUUGUCGUCGUCGUGAUGGCUGUCCUUCUUGACCUCCCUCCUGUCGCUCUCGGUCUGCUCGGUCUCCUGUGACCCGCUGCUGAGCUGCUGCUGGGGUGGGUGCUGCUGCUGGGGUGUGUGUUGCUGCUGCUGGUGUUUGGACCCACCCGCUGUGGAUUGCUUUGCUUUCUUGUUGUCCUCUGGCUCGCAGCUGAUGCCGGUGUAGAGGGCGACGGUGUUGACGGCGCAGAGGCCCCAUAGGCGGUGGCACCUCCUGAAUGUGCGCCAGGUGGGCCCCUCCCACUGCCGGUUGCGCAGACCACCGCCGCAACAACACCCCUCGUAGCACAGGUAAGUGAUGCAGAACAACAACUGCACACACACAGACAGGGAGGGAGGGAGAGGGGAGACUCACGUGUGGCUGUCAUCUCUGGUUCCCACCGAGCUCCCCAGCUACCUGGAGGAGGAAGAGUGCCGGAGGUAUGAUGGUCCAGAGGCCCACUUCCAGGCUGAUGUGCGGCUUGCCCUGCUUGUCGUCCCACCAUCCUUCCUCCCCCUCCUGCAGCAGCCUCAGUGAGGUGCCGUUGCUGCUGGUGGCCCCGCCGUCACUGGGUUUGUUGGCUGCGGCCGCUGUUUCGUUGGCGCUGUUGGCCGACACGCCCGUCUCGGUGCUGUUGACCUGCGUCGUGUUCACAAAGGCGUUGGUCAGGUUCGUCCUGAUACAUCCACCACACAGAGAGAGAGACCAGCAGGCAUAGGCAUAGGCAUGUGUGUGAGUCUGUGAGUGUGUGUGUCGGAUUGUUGUGGGGGUGUUGACGCAGCGUAGCGUACCCUUCGGGCAGCACCGGCUCGAGUAUGUUGAUAGAGCUGAGGCAGAAGUCCUCGGCCAGCAGCUGCCGCACCCCCACGAUGUAGGCGAACAUGCAGAUGAGGGAGGCCUUGGUCAGCAGGAUUGAGAACUGCGGCCAGUGCCACCGCCGCCCACGCUUCUUCUGCCCCUCGAUCCUGCCGUUGGUGUUGCCCUCCUCGUCCUCAUCAUCGCCACCGCCGAAACACGCACGCAGGAGUGAGGUGAGGCACCAGCACGGAGGCAGGUCGUUGCUGGCGUGCACGUCGGCUUGCCGGAACACUCUCACGGACCGUAGCGCCAGCAGACGGAGGGCCAACGCGUAGAUGAAGAACUGACACAAGCGAAAUCAGAGACAGAAGGAGGGAGGGGAAUGUGAAAUAAAACAAAUGAGGCUGUCAUGACGGCGUGGGCGCAUUACUCGUGUGGUCUCUCUCAGCUCACCGUGAGAAGCGAUAUGAGUGGCAGGGCCAGGGCGGACCACGUGACGGCUUUUCCGGGCAGCAGUGGGUUCCAGAAGUCGCGAACCACAUGGGUGGACAGCACCAGCAGUCCACAGAACGUCAGCCAGAUCCACACCAGCCGCGGCACAAAGUCCAGAGCGCUGCAAACGAACGCCAGCACGGGUCUGCGCUGCAGCGCCGCCUCGCCUGUCUUGGGCGACUGCCUGUUCCACGUGAAGACCAUCACCAGAGACAGCACCGACAGCAAAAUGGACACCGGCAGCAGCCAGUCGGCCUCACAGGCCGCGUAGCCGAUGGACGAGAUGCCGAAUGGUGCGGGCCAGUCGCCUCCGGCCUGUGCUGCGUCAGCGGCCUGUGAGGCCUUCAUGAGGUCGGUGAAGUAGCAGCACAUGGGGCCGUCGUCCACCUUUGGCGGCUGGUCGGGCUGCCCGUAGAUGCUGCGACACUUGACGCGCGGGAGCUGGAUGUAGUCGGCUGCAGCGAGGGAGACCUCGCGGCACUCCAGACUAGUGAUGGACUGCACGGUGCGACGGGGGACCGCCAGCUGAUGGAAUGGCCAAAAAGAAUGGAUGGAGGGAUGGAGGGAUGCAUGCAUGGGUGUAAGGGUCAGUCGAUAGGGAUGGGGAGUGCUGUGUCGUACCUGGUUGGAAGUGCACAGGUUGUCGAACAUCAUGGCGUCGCAUUCGCUGUGCCGGUGGUUCCAACCCUGACGCGCACAGUGGUCUACCAGCUUCUGCAGACAGACAGACACACACACAUGGAUGGAUGGACGGAUGAGCCAACCCGACACACCACACCGAGCGAGGGUGGAUGUCUGUCUGUCAAACUGACCUCGUGGUCGUUCUCCUCGAUGAGCAGUAUGAGUUCGCUGCUGGACAGGUAGGUGGCCGCCUCGCGGGCAAACACGUAGGCCUGCAGCAGCAGCUGGGGAAUGUUCUCCAGCAGCAACGCCUCGCGACGAAUCUGACGUACACGCACACGCAGUGGGGGAUGGGAUGGGAUGCAUCUGCCUAGCACGUGUGGUGAGCUGGAGCUGUGGCCGUCCGUACCUGGAAUAGUCUGGCGUCUUCGUUCAUGCCUUUGGGGUUGAACCAGUACGCUUUGAAGCGGAAGAGGAACUCGACUUGAAAGACAGCCUGCAGACCCUGAGACAAACUCCUGCACCGUCCGUCCAACACGGAGGGCAACACACACACAGAGCCGACAGCAAAUGACACACAUGCAGUUGUUGGUGCGAGGGAGUUUCCGACCGUGUGUAGAGGCCGACUCUCAGGCCGUAGUAGAGAGCAGGAACCCUGUCAGGACAUGAACCAACAGACAGACCGACGAGUGUGACGUGUCUGUCCUCCACGUGUUGGCCGAUGUGGUGUGGUGUAGGGGAGGGAGGGAGGUGCUUACAGGAUGCAGACAACCAUGAGUGACGCCCAGCCAGAGUGACCCAGCGAUGCAAAAUGACCCACAACCACCUGACAGCCACACAGACACAGACACAGACAUCAACCAGUGAGUGCACGACACAACAGACACGUCGGCCGCUCUCUCUCCCUCAGGAUCUUACGAAGUCUUUGAUCAUGUCCGUCCACGGGAUCACCAGAUAGGCUGCAAACACGCACACACACACACGCGCGCGUGACAUUCCCAGGCGUCCGUCCGUUCGCGUGAGUGUCUCGUGGCCUGGCUGACUCGCUCGCUGACUCACCGAAGACGACCAUCCUUGAGAACCAGAGUGUGACUUUGUGUCGUGGCGGCAGUCGAGACCUGAAGCUGUCGCUGGCCUGCUUGAACUUCUCGCUCGUCUUGACCCACUGCUCGCUCUGCUUGACGCGAUCGAUCCGCUCCGUCACACGCAGACCCAUGCGAUCACCCGCCGCACACGCCUUCCGCCCCACCCGACGCAGAACUGACUCCUUCCUCCUCCCCUCACCAUUACCAUGACCAUCACCAUCGCCGUCUUCGCCCCCGAUGUGCCAGGCAGUGGACGACUCGGUGAGGUCGUUGCCGCUGUCACUGAUGCCAUCCUGAGACGGCCGCCGGAGUCCCUCCUCCAUCUCCUUCUGUUCCACCUCAGUCACGGACGCGUCGCACGUCCCGUUGGCACCGCCUGUGAAGCUGCCCGACUCGGUGACGGAUUCGCCUGUGAUGGAUGUCUCGGCUGCCGCAGGGCCGUCACCUGCUGAUCCAGCCGAUGAAGACGACAGCUCUGUGGAGAGGAGGCCCGGACUCCUGUCUCGACACAAGGGGUGCGGCGCGGCGGGCAGCGGCCGGCGGGUCGUGUGAGCGAAGUGCGCGUCCAGUGGGGCUGACGAGAAGAGCCGUGGCUGGUGCACCACUGUGUCCCCCUCGUCAGGCGAUAGGUCCCUCCGAGGGUUGGAGGCAUCCUCCGGCACGCCUUCAGAGGGGUGGCUCAUUGCGAUGUCUGCCUGGCAGAUGCGAUAGCUGGCUGCGGGGCUCAGGUAGGACUGCUGCAGCCGAGCCGCGAUGUGUCGUGAGUGGUGCAAGAUCUCGGGGGAGAUCUAUGCCAGUCGUUGCACAUCAGAUACGCCCCGUGGGUAUGCAGCACAGAAGAGAUGCAGCCCUCGCGCUGCUGUGCUCCUUAAGUG